CGCCUGCCUGUAAGGUCCUCAGUGCGCUGCAGCCCGGAGCUGCGGUCACCGCCGGGUCUCUCUCGGUGAGUGCCUGUGUCCCUUCACCGCUCGCCCGUCCCGGGGUGAGUGUGAAUUCGUUCCAAAGGGCGCAGGUACUUGGCGGCGGUGCUGCCCAUGGCCCGGCCGGAGAGAGGAUUGAGGGCGCCGGACCGGCUGGACGGGUACGCGACUCAGUAAUUGGCAACUGGAGAUGCUCAUGUUCCAGUAAUCAAGAGGGAGCCUUGCUGCUACUUCAUGAUCCAGGGGCGUGUGGCCCAGUGAAGUUCCUGAGCUGUACAGCAUGACCUUGCUGCUCCUGGGUGCGGUGCUGCUGGUGGCCCAGCCCCAGCUUGUGCAUUCCCACCCGGCUGCUCCUGGCCCUGGGCUCAAACAGCAGGAGCUUCUGAGGAAGGUGAUUAUUCUCCCAGAGGACACCGGAGAAGGCACAGCAUCCAAUGGUUCCACACAGCAGCUGCCACAGACCAUCAUCAUUGGGGUGCGCAAGGGUGGUACCAGAGCCCUGCUGGAGAUGCUCAGCCUGCAUCCUGAUGUUGCUGCAGCUGAAAACGAGGUCCAUUUCUUUGACUGGGAGGAGCAUUACAGCCAAGGCCUGGGCUGGUACCUCACCCAGAUGCCCUUCUCCUCCCCGCACCAGCUCACAGUGGAGAAGACACCCGCCUAUUUCACUUCGCCCAAAGUGCCUGAGAGAAUCCACAGCAUGAACCCCACCAUCCGCCUGCUGCUUAUCCUGAGGGACCCAUCCGAGCGCGUGCUGUCCGACUACACCCAGGUGUUGUACAACCACCUUCAGAAGCACAAGCCCUACCCACCCAUUGAGGACCUCCUAAUGAGGGACGGACGGCUGAACCUGGACUACAAGGCUCUCAACCGCAGCCUGUACCAUGCACACAUGCUGAACUGGCUGCGUUUUUUCCCGUUGGGCCACAUCCACAUUGUGGAUGGCGACCGUCUCAUCAGAGACCCUUUCCCUGAAAUCCAGAAGGUCGAAAGGUUCCUGAAGCUUUCUCCACAGAUCAACGCCUCGAACUUCUACUUUAACAAAACCAAGGGCUUCUACUGCCUGCGGGACAGUGGCAAGGACCGCUGCUUACACGAGUCCAAAGGCCGGGCGCACCCCCAGGUGGAUCCCAAACUACUUGAUAAACUGCACGAAUACUUUCAUGAGCCAAAUAAGAAAUUUUUCAAGCUCGUGGGCAGAACAUUCGACUGGCACUAAUUUGCCGUCUGCUAGGCUCGGGACUUUUCCUGUUGUUAACUUCUGGUGUACAUCUGAAGGGGGGAGGAAAAUAAUUUUAAAAAGGCAUUUAAGCUAUAAUUUAUUUGUAAAACCCACAAAUGACUUCUGUACAGUAUUAGAUUCACAGUUGCCAUAUAUAGUAGUUAUAUUUUUCUACUUGUUAAAUGGAGGGCGUUUUGUAUUGUUUUUCAUGGUUGUUAACAUUGUGUAUAUGUCUCUAUAAUAUGAAGGAACUUAACUAUUGCACUGAAAAAAUAAGAGAUUUUUUUUUCUGGAGACGUCUUUUUUUGUUGUUGUUGUUGUUUUAAAUAUAAUUAACCUGCCUCCAAUCCAAAAUAGCUCUUUGUUUUCACCCUCCUUGUCAAAUCUAUAAUCUUUUUCUGCUUAAAAAAAAUUUAUUGGUAUUA